CACACGUUGUAUCCGGCAUAAGUAGAGAAAUUUUGGCCAGCGGACAAUUGUUGCGGCAAACGAAAAACCAGACGGGACGGGACAAGAAAUAUAUCUUUGUUGUUGAAAAUAAAUCGUCUAAACAAUGGAAAAGUCGGCAUUAGCACAAGAGAAGGUAUGGUUUGAGAAGCCAUCCUAUGACAAAGCAGAACGACUAUAUUUCGAAAGAAUGGCUAAGGUGGUGUUGUCUCAUAAGAUUAUGGAGAGCUGCUCGCUCAAGUCCGAGGUGUUUUCAACCAACAACUGCCAAGAUAAUCUUCAUAGUAAUACUUUGAACAAGACUAAAUCUGAGAAAUCUAAAGACAAUAAGCUGCUGAUAUCUGAGAAUAUUCCGAGCGACGCGAAAAAUAAUAAAUGCCAAACGAAAUUGUCAAAGUCGAAUAAAGACGAGCACGAGAAGAAAGACGCCGUCGUCGUCGGGGAGAAGCAAAAGUCUGAUAAUGCGAAAAAUUGUCAGAAAGAGAAAAAGAAGGAGACUAGUCCUACGAACGAUGCGAACGAAAAGUAUAGCACUAAAGAGGUAAAAGAGAAAAAGAACAAAGCAGAUACGAGACAUAGAAAUAGAAAAGGGACGAAUGAUACUAAGGAAGUAAAAGAGAAUGCUACUCCGUUAAUAAGGAAUAAGCAACAGUUACCUGCCCAGGGAAAUGAACAAACCGUUGGUGGACAAACCGCUUCUGGUGGAAGCUUAGCCAAUGAGGUUGCCAAGGCUCGUCAGCAUAUUAAACAGGCUUUACAGUGGAUGGACGACACCGCAGACGCCGCUGCUGGUCACGAAACCAAGGAGGAUAAAAAUGCUUGUAUUUUACAAGAGCUGAAGAGCGUUAUUGAAAAAUUGGAGGCGCGCGUGAAAGAUAUCGAGGACAAGAUCGCGCCUCUUAGGGCCACGUUGGCGAUUUGUCCUCCCAAGUUAGAACCAGCUACGCCACCAGCGCAAGCAAAAGCUGAUGACGAAGAUGUUGAUCUGUUUGGUUCAGAAUCAGAGGGCGAAGAUGCAGACGCAGCUAAACUUAGAGAAGAAAGAUUGGCUGCAUAUGCCGCGAAAAAAGCUAAGAAGCCCGCUUUAAUUGCAAAAUCAAACAUCAUACUGGACGUGAAACCGUGGGACGAUGAAACGGACAUGAAAGCUAUGGAGGACGAAGUUCGGAAGAUCGAGACAGACGGCCUUUUAUGGGGAGCGUCGAAGCUCGUCCCUCUCGCCUUCGGAAUUCACAAACUACAAAUCUCGUGCGUGGUAGAAGACGAUAAAGUUUCUGUGGACUGGCUUACAGAAACGAUUCAGGAUAUCGAGGAUUAUGUACAAAGCGUAGAUAUUGCAGCUUUUAAUAAAGUCUAAGACGUUAAUGAAGCUUUUCGAGUAGAAAAAUAUCUGACAGUUCUUAUCGAGAUCAGGCAUUGUGUGCCACCGUUUCAUUCCACUAGCAAUAUCUGUACGAGGUAAAUACAUUAAACACGUGUCCUAUUCCUGAAACGGGAUUAUUUUCAAGAUCGAAAAAUUUCCUAAUCGUAUUUAAUAUUAAAUGUGUCAAUUCUAAAACUACUUGUGGAGCAAAUUUUUAAACCAUCGUCGUACCGUCAACAUAUUCACUAUAAAAGAUGUAAAACAAUAAAUGUCUUGAACGUAACGCGUAUAAAAUUGUAGCUGACAGACUUGAUUUAACGAUAUCGUGGAUAUGUGAUGAUGCCAAUUACUAGCAACCGUCUUCAAUUGUUUGUUUCAGUACAUUGUUAUUACAAAUAAAAACGUAAAUUUUA